AUGUCCGUCCACUCCUCCUCCGGGUCCUCGUCACCCACCUUCACCAAGCCCAAGCUCCCCUUCGCGUGGCCCUCCUACAUCCUCGCCAACCCCAUCCCGCGGCGCUACCGCCGACGAUUACGGUCGAAGCUGCACGCGCGCAAGUCCCCCGCCUCAGCACUCUCCUCCAUCGAGACCUCCUUCUCACCGUACGUCACGCUGCACAAGCUGCAGAAGCGCCGGUGGAACCUCCAUGAUGCGCAGAACAUCUUCCUUGUCAUAAUACUGCUCUUCUCGGCGGCUAUUACGCCGUCGGCGCCGAUAAUUAAGGCGGGGAUUAUAUUGCUGGCUCUCGUUGCGGCGGUUAUUCCUAUUACGAGCCAGUUCCUCAUUCCGGCACUCCCAGUGCUGACCUGGGUCAUCUUCUUCUUCGCCGCUCGCUUCAUCCCCAGCGAAGCCCGCCCCGGCAUCUGGGUCCGCGUCCUCCCCGCCCUCGAAAACAUCCUCUACGGCGCCAACCUCUCCAACAUCCUCUCCGCGCACCAACACGUCGUCCUCGACGUGCUCGCGUGGUUCCCCUACGGCAUCGUGCACUUCGGCGGCCCCGCCGUCGCCGCAGUCAUCUUCUUCAUCUUCGCCGCCCCCGGCACCCUGCCCAUCUACGGCCGCUCCUUUGGCUACGUCAACCUCACGGGUGUCAUCAUCCAGGUCCUCCUCCCCUGCGCCGCGCCCUGGUACGAGAAUCGCCAUGGUCUCGCGCCCGCGAAUUACGGUAUGCCCGGAUCCCCUGCGGGGUUGGCGAGGAUUGAUGCCUUGUUCGGGGUGGAUCUUUAUUCGACGAACUUCACGAAUGCGCCGGUUGUCUUUGGAGCCUUCCCGUCGUUGCACGCGGGGAAUGCGGUUAUUGUAGCCUUAUUCAUGUCAUACUGCUUCCCCCGCUUCAAGCCCCUGUUCGCGGGAUACGUGAUAUGGCUCUGGUGGGCCACCAUGUACCUCUCCCACCACUACGCCGUCGAUCUCGUCGCUGGCUCCAUGAUUUCCGGCGUGGUCUUCUACAUCGCGCGCGCGAACUUCCUACCGCGCCGCCAGGCGGACAAGUGGACGAGGUGGGACUACGAUUAUGUCGAGAUCGGGGAGGUGGCGGGCGGGGAGCGGGAGUAUGAUCUUGCGGAGCUGGGGUAUAGGCAGCGCCUCCUGGUGGAUGAGUGGGCGGUGGGGAGCGAGGAGAGUGGGAGCGCGAGUCCGGAUGAUGGGGACAGUUUGUGGGAGGGGGAGACGUUGGGGGGGAGGGAGUCGACGGAUAGGGAGAGUGAGGCUGAGAUUGUGUUGGUGAGGUAGUAGAUUUGCUGCCUUGCCUGCACGUCUUUGCUGGGCCAGUUACUCUACCGUCACGAACUCUCUCGAGAUUGACAUACAACCCACACCACCUCACCUCGACACUCACGAAACCUACCAACCUACCAACCUACAUACCACAACUCCACACUCUAAACGACCCGCAAACGAAACGCAAAACUUCAACCUACAAGUUUUAUAUCCACCACAAAAACCUUCUACCAACCUUCAUAACACCACCUUUUUAAUCAACCAAUUUAUUUCGAACACACGGCGUCUGAGAAACGGAGAGCAUAGCAGCGAGCAAGCGGAGGAGGCAUACAUGCAUAACGGCGUUUUUCACUCCAUCGAUUCCAGUUGCGGGUAUCGAUUGCGGGGAGGGAUGGGGGAUAAUAAGGGAUAGUAAUCACAUACAAUAAUGCCGGGAAGAAGGGGAGUAAAAUGGAACGGUCGCUACAGGCUGCUGGGGAUGUAUAGAACACUCGCUUUAUGUAUAGAAGAGCGGGGAGAGACAGUCUUGGCUGGUCCCGAGAUGAGAUGAGAUGGGGGAAGAGGAGGGGAUGAAUUGAGAUAUUACUCACUCACUACUUGAUUG